CUGGGUCUCACCUUCCUCAAAGCAGAUCACAACAAGAACUCUGAGGGACUUUUUGAAUUCCAGCCAACCAAUGCAGAGAAUGACUUUAAAUCUUUAUAUACACAUGGUGCUCUUAAAGAUGAACAUUUCUGCUUUAGUUGCAUUGCCAAAGAGGACAUACCAGAGAAUCUAGAAAACACCCAGUUCUGUAUAACUGCUGUUCUUCCAAGUUCCACACUUCCAGUCAACAAGUCGGUCAAUGCUUUUUUCUUUAUCACCUUUAUGAAAUUGGAGACCUGUCUGCAGAGAGUAAAGGCGAUAAUAAAGAAAAUGGGCUUGGAGGGACGAAGGAUAAAGAAAGUUCCAUUUAGAUUCUCUUCUUAUGGCAAAGAUUCUGCACUUGAGGUUGUCAUCCUUAAUCAACCAGCUGAUGGUUAUAUUAGGAUGUCAGGAGAAAAUAAGAUAUAUCGCUGUGAUGUGGACUUUUUUGUAAAAGGGAAAAUUUCUGCUAAAACUAUGAAGAAGCGUGAGAAAGACGACCUCUAUCCUCCCCGAUUUGAGAUGUUCUUUGUCUCAUCCAAAGAGAAUGCCACAUUCAGUGGUGGUAAGAUUGCUUUUAGAGGAGCCACCAGCGGAAUUAAGUUUGAUAUCCAUCUGGACUCUCCUGAAACACCCAGGCCUGUUGCUGCUUCUGCAGCCACAAUUGAUGCUAGUUCACAGACGGAGGAUCAACUCGAUGUUUCAUCACCUCCUGCACCUCCACUUGUGUCCACGCCUACAUCGUCAGGUGAACAUGCAACCUCUCAUUCUGUGCCAUCUUCAUCAGGUGAGGAUGGAUAAAUGCAUGUCAUUGCUCAUUAUACGUGUCUAUUUCAACAGGUGGACAGCUGAGACAAAGAAGUGGUAAUAGAGAAAGAGGGGCUUUGGCUGAAAAAGGCAACGAGGGUAACGAUUCCACAGAUAAUGACGAUGUAGUAGAUACACCAUCUGAGGGGUCUCGAAAGAGAGUGAUUGUUGUUCUCUUUGUGUUUUCAAUGCUGAGCUUUAUAAUUGCUUAUUUUAUUUUCUAUGAAGUCAGGGCAGCUUUCAUAGCAGGUUUGUAUAUUCCAUAUAUGCAGAUGAGAUAUAAUAAUGUAAUGCUCUUAUUCCAGCCAUAAUAACUUUUGUGGCUGUUGGAACAAUAGGAGUUUAUUGCAAGGAAAGUUU